AUGGGUUUCAGCUGGACCUUUCAACUCGACCCCAUCAACUGUGCCAUUGCAUGGAUCGCUCUCUACAUGGUCCGGAGAACGUCUUCAGCAGCACCAUUGAGCCCCUUCGUCACAUCUCGUUUGAGUCAGCUUCUAGAGACAUCCCAUGGUUUUAGACGCCACUCUGCUCGAUGGCUCAACAAUAGAUGGCAUCUUAUAACUUCAGGUCUCGUGGAUUUGCUUCUUACCCCUUUCUCACUUCUCGAAUCCUUCGUGCGUCCCAUCCAACCAGCUUCCGCAUUUUCAUCUAUCUCCGAAGCCGAAUGCAUCGACUGUCUCGCGUACGAGAAACGGGUUACUGAGCUAGAAGAGUCCUUACGCCAGAUCUCCGUAUCCAACAAGACCUUCGCCACCGACAUCUGCAGAGACUUCAUCGAUCGGAAUACCCAGCUCGACAGCGAACUUGACUACUUCAAGUCGGAAUCCUCCAAGCAGCUACAAUUCCUGCACAUUGCCGAGGACCUCCAAAGCCGUCAGCGCGCCGAGAUCCGCUCCCUUCGCGACGAGCUGGACACCCACCAGCGGCACGAGUCCAAGUUCAGCAAAAGCGUGUCGCUUCAGGGCGAGCUGGAUCAGUGGAAGCUGCAGAACGUCAAUCUCAAGACCGGCGUCCUGGACCAAUGGAACCAGACCCUGAGACAAAAACAGCGCGCCGUUAUGGCGGAGGGGGAAUGUGAGAGGUUGAGCCGGAAGGUGGUGUUGGUGACGAGGUCUGAGAAGGAGCUACGGCAGCAGCUUGGGGCGGCAAAUGUGCGGCUCGAACACCAGGCCAAAAGGGUGGAUGAGCUCAGGGAGGCGAGAAUCCGACUUGAGGCUGAGAAUCGGGAGAUGAAGUUGCACGUCGAUUUGUUGCAGAUGAGUGGAAAGGGGUUCAUGUAUCAUUGA